UGCAAGCAAACAAAAAAAUAAUCAAUGAAAACAAAACACAAUACCAAAACAUUGAAAUACGAUAAGGCUUAUUGUAAAGCAUCGUUGGAAAUAGUUCCGUAUGAAACGAAAUUGCAAGAGAUAUGAUUAAAGCGAGGCAAACUUAUUGAAUAUAGUGCUCAACAGUAGUUCUCGUGAUCAGUCACAAAGAUGGCAGAAGAACUGGCGCACGAUUACUCUGGCUACUUCAAGGCGUCCAAUCUGGAUCAGGAGCUGAAACCCAUCACGGUUGGGAUUGAUCGGAUGAUGUUGCGCUUGGAAGAGUUUGAAAAUUUGCUCGAACUCGUAAAGGCCGAAUCAGGUGUUGCAUUGACACAUAACGUGCCUAAACUGUUGGCUCUAAAACCCGAACUCGACAUUCUGUGCGAUCGUAUCGACAAGUUGGAAAAGUUUGUGAUGAUGGUUGGCCGGAACCUGGACGCGGUUGAGAAACAGGUGCAGAUUGCGGAGGAAGAGCUAGACAUUCCGGACAAAACGAUAAACGUGCUGCUCAAAUCAUUGAACAUUUUUGGCAAACAGAAACCCACCGAACGGUUAACAAACCGGAACGCGAAUGGAGUGUAUGAGCCGGUGGCUGUGUUUAAGACGGAACAAUACUUUCGACCAAACGGGCCAGAACCAAACGUGACCAAUAGGUCAAGCCAAGAGGAUCCGUCGUCCUGUGAAGACUGUGAUACUGGAACACCGGAAAAGUGAAUAUUUUGGUUGGACGAAUAUCUUAACUCCGAAAAUCUUAAAAUAAUGCAACGAAGACAAUGAAGCAGAGCACAAUGUAAGCUCAUAAAACUCUACAAUGAUUAAAUUCUUUUAACAUGAUCAUGAAGACGGAACUGAUAAAUAUGUAUUAGGUUUGUUAAUAUGAGAGAAAGUAAAACAAGGCACUUGGAAUACCCAAUAAUCAGAGGGUACUUCUAUUUGGCUUUACGGCGAGCUUGACCCGAUGUAGAUGAGAAUCUAACCAUGACGGUUCGGUGUAUUUAGCCGAAUUCUUGGGUAAAUCGCGGCCUGUGGAUGUGCAGAAGAAACCCUAUCAUUAAAACCUACUUCGUUCGAUGGACCAUACUUGCAAAUGAGCAACACGUCCACAAUCGAAACAACGAGAGAGACGAACUGAUAAAAAACAUUCGAAGUUUUCCAACUGUUAUGUUUAAUCUUUUCAGAUCCAAUCACUUCAAUUUAUUUUAUUCGAGAACAUAUUGUAGGGCCGAGUCAUUGCAUCGCGAGGAAUAAUAAAUAUUUU